AUGGGAAAUCUUAAAGGCUCCAGCAGUUGCGCUUUAAAAGUUGUUCCCAAAAAGUCUUUUGUGUAUGUCUCAAGCAUAAACAUUAAUAAUGAUGAACCAAAAUAUAUCAAUACAUGGGCUGAAGUAGUUGGAAAAAAUAAGAAGAAGUCAAAGACUGCUAAUAAAACUAGUAUUAUGGGAAAUCUUAAAGGCUCCAGCAGUUGCGCUUUAAAAGUUGUUCCCAAAAAGUCUUUUGUGUAUGUCUCAAGGUUGGAACCAAAUACACAGUGUGAAGAUAUAAUUACCUAUUUAAACUCUAAAUUUCCUGAAAUUACUUGUGAAAGUGUUGAAUCCAAGUUUCCACAACAUUAUGCGUCUUUCAAAAUAACUGUUUAUUUGUGGUACCUACUUGUCUCGGUUUUUUCACCCAAAACCGAAAACCGCACAGGUCACCUAAAGGAAUCUUUUAGUAUUGUAAAUUUAAAUAUACAAUCAGUUAAAAAUAAAAUAAAUGAGCUGGAGUUAUUCUUAAACAAUAAAAAUAUUUCUUGUGUGUGCCUAUGCGAACAUUGGCUUACUGCUAAUGAAAUAUGUGCAUUAAGUAUAGAAGGAUACACUUGCGCUUCUUUCUAUUCUAGAUUAAAUAGUAGAGGAGGUGGAUCUGUAAUACUAGUAAAAUGUAAUACCAAUUAUAUUGAACUACAAAAUAUUAAUAGUCUUUCAUUAAAAAGAGUUGUAGAAAUUAGUGCGAUAAAGAUUUUAGAUAUUAAUUUAAUAAUUGUAAAUGUGUACAGACCCCCUAGUGGUAAUUUUAAAAUAUUCUUAGAUGUGAUAGAAAAUGCGUUAAAUACUUUAGGUCUAACGUCAAAAAUCCUAGUGUCAGGAGAUUUUAAUGUUAAUUUUACUCAUUUAAAUAAUGAUGCUUGUUUUUUAAGAGGUGUGUUUUUAUCCUUUGGAUUUAAACAACAAUUUUUUGCUCCCAGUAGAAAUUUUAAUUGUAUUGAUAACAUAUUUGUUAAUUUUGAUAAUGAUUGUGUAACUGAGACUAUAAACAUUCCCUUUUCUGACCAUAAUGCUCAAGUGGCAAAGUUUUAUGAUUUAAUGCUAAACUCUAAGACUAAGCCGAUUAUAAACAAGUUUAGGCCUAUCACAGAAUGGGGCAAGCUACAGUUUUAUAACAAAAUAGAACAGACCAACUUUAAUUUUGAAGUAACAUAUAUUAAAGUCAUAGAUAUAAUUGACAAAAUUAAGUCCCAAAAGAGUAGUGAUAUUUAUGGUUUAAGUAUAAGUAUCAUUAAAAUAAUUAAAUAUUUAAUUUCUAUCCCUCUAGCUAAACUAAUUAACUUGUGUUUUAUAAAGGCUGAAUUUCCUGAUGUUCUAAAGGAGGCCCUUGUGAUACCAAUUUAUAAGAAAGGCCCAUAUCCAUCUUGCCUGUUUUUUCGAAGAUUAUUGAAAGAUGUUGCUUUUUUUGAAGAAAACAACAUAUUUAGUGAGUGUCAGCAUGGUUUCAGGAAGGGUAAAAUACCACAUCUGCAAUUCUGCAAAUGUGUAAAACUAAUUCAAUCAUAUUUAUCAAAUAGACAUCAAGUUUGCAAAAUUGGGAAUGAAUUGAGUCAAAGGGAAACUGUGAAAGUGGGGGUACCUCAAGGCUCUGUUCUUGGACCUAUCCUAUUUUUGAUAUUUAUAAAUGACCUAUCUAACAUUAGUAACUCGACUGAUCUAACACUAUUUGCUGAUGAUACCACAAUUGUAGUAAAAGAUAAAAAUCUUGAGCUUUUGGAGGUGAAGAGUGAGAGAGCAAUGUCGCGGGCUGAAAAAUGGUUCACCGAGAAUCAAUUAGUCCUAAACAAGGGCAAAACACAGAACAAUAUUUUCUCCUUAAGAGAUUUUAAUGACUUAAGCAAGUCAGAACCCAUUAAAUUUCUUGGAAUCAUGUUUGACACUAAAUUAAGAUGGAACACUACAAUAACAGAAGGCAAAGACUUUAUAUCAUCAAACCUGGCAAAAACCAAAGAAAUAUCAAAAAGCAUAGAAAACUUGGCAAUACAGGAAAACGUGGAAGCUCGUGGAACAUACAUUGUCGAAGAAGACGCAUUUAUAAGACGUAAAUCCAGCGUAACAGACGAAGAAUACAUGGACAACAUAAAAGAAAUUUGCAAUCCCGGCAAUCCGCUGGACUUCUACAUCAGAACUAAUCGUGAUUUGGGCAGUGGAGCUCAGGGCUUGGUAUUUUCGGCUGAAAGUAAGGAAAGCGGGCAAAUGGUGGCCAUAAAAGAUAUCGAUAUGAUGAAGCAGUCCAAGCAAUUAUUGCUAAGCGAGAUAAAAAUCAUGAGGAACUUCCAGCACAAGAAUUUGGUGAACUUUCUUGAAGCUUUCGUAGUGCAAGACCACCUCUGGGUGGUCAUGGAGUUACUGGAUGGCGGCCCGUUAACCGACGUUGUGACUGAAACAAUAAUGAAGGAGGGCCAAAUCGCGGCCGUUUCCUACGAAGUAUUGCAAGCAAUAUCCUAUCUGCACGAACGCGGCACGAUACAUAGAGAUGUUAAAUCCGACAACGUGCUGCUGAGCAUGGACGGCAACGUCAAAGUUACGGACUUUGGCUUCUGCGCAAACGUGGUGGGCAACGAGAUGAGGCAAACGAUGGUGGGGACGCCGUUUUGGAUGGCACCGGAAGUGGUGACGAGGCAAAAGUACGGCAAAAAAGUCGACAUUUGGAGCCUGGGUAUCAUGAUUGUCGAAAUGGUCGACGGAGAACCGCCUUACUUGAGAGAAAACCAUCUCAGAGCGCUUUAUUUGAUCACGACCAACGGCAGGCCGAAGAUCAACAGGUGGAGCCACUUGUCCCCGCUGUUGCAAGAUUUCAUCAACGCUUGUCUCGAGGUGGAUGUGGACAAAAGGGCGACAGCGGUCGACUUGCUAAAGCACGACUUCCUAAGAAGCGAAAAUCGCAUGGAGUUAUCGACUUUGACGCCACUUAUUAGGGCUGCCAAGAGGAUUUUGCACAAAGAUUAAGGUUUUUCGGGAUUUAUAUAGUAUUUGCUGCAGAGUUGGGAGUAUCUUGAAAAAAAGAUACUUAAAAGUAACUUAGAUACUUAAGGUAUCUAAGAUAAUUUAUCUU